AGCCCGCGAAUGGGGGACCUUAGCCGCAAAAGAAAGUGGGAUGGCACAUAAUGUCCCGCGGUUUGUGAGCCACUGAUUUUUUUUUCCUUUCCCUCCGAGCUACAGCUCAACCUCAACCCGACAUCACCUCACCUCACCUAGCCUCACCUCGCCUUACAUCGCCUUAUAACCCGACUUACGUAUACCUAGGUCCUAUUACCUCACACCUGCGAGUCCCACGCCACAUUUACAUGACAGUAAUUACUACAUAAUCUCAUUGGUCACGACAAAUUCGCAUUCACUCAUUGCGGCAGGUCCGCGUUCGUUGUUCGUACUACGUACACGCGACAUCAUGCGCCAUUAGAGGUAGCUAGCUUAGGGUACAGCAGGAGAAUAAUAAUGGGGAAGCGGAGGAAGGUCGUGCAUAAUGCUAGACCGGCGCAGAAGCCCGGUGAUAGCGGUCAGAAGCCGCAGGGGGUAACAAAGCCGAAACCUCAGAAGCAGAAGCAGAAGCAGAAGCAGAAGCAGAAGCAGAAGCAGAAGCAGAAGCAGCCGCAGCCGCAACGCGACGAGCCGACGAUACCCUUCGCGCCCGAAGACAAGAUCCUGCUGGUGGGCGACGGCGACCUCAGCUUCGCGGCCUCCCUGGUCGAGCACCACUACUGCGCCGACGUGACGGCCACCGUCCUCGAGAAGACCCUCGAGGAGCUGGUCGAGAAGUAUCCGCACGCGGCGGAGAACAUCGCCAAGAUCGAGGCCGAGGACAGCAGGGUGCUGUUCGGGGUUGACGCCACCAAGAUGGCGCCAUUCGUCGACAAGAAGAAGGGCAGCAGCAGCGGCGGCGGCAAGGAUGACGGCGCCGCGGCGGGUGUGAUGGACAGGAUCAUCUUCAACUUCCCGCACGUGGGCGGGAAGAGCACGGACGUCAACCGACAGGUCCGGUACAACCAAGAGCUGCUGGUCGAGUUCUUCAAGCGCGCGACGCCCUCCCUGGCGCCUGGGGGCACGAUCGUCGUCACGCUGUUCGAGGGCGAGCCGUACACGCUGUGGAACAUCCGAGACCUUGCUAGGCACACCGGUCUCCAAGUCGAGCGUAGCUUUAAGUUCCAGGCGAGCGCGUAUCCGGGCUAUCACCACGCCCGCACGCUCGGCGUGGUAAAGAGUAAAAGCGGCGAGGCGGGCGGCGGCUGGAAGGGCGAGGACCGGGCUGCGAGGAGCUAUAUAUUCGUCCGGAAAGACGACGAGGCGAGACCGCGUCCCGGAAGUAGUAAGAAGCGUUCGAGGGCUCAGGAUGAUGAGUCCUCGGAUGAUGACUGAUGUACAAAUUGCAUAUGAAAUACCCCUGUGAAUUUGCUUCGGUAAUUAGACGAUAUAAUCUUUGGGUUUGAAGUCCCUAAGGCCCUAUAACCGUAUGUACUCAAAAUCCUCGGGGCUAUACUAAUAUUAGAUUGACGCCGCUGGUGGUUUAACAGCAUUUAGGAUUAGAACAUCUGUAGUUUGGAAUAAGAUAGACGUAUAGAAUUUAACUCUAAUAUUAAAGACUGCUCUGGUAUGAGUGUCAGA